AUGUGGUCCCAGAGGAACCAACCACUGAAAGUCAAUGUGGUUACAGAGGAACUAACCUCACUGAAAUUCUAUGUGGUCCCAGAGGAACCAACCUCCCCGAAUGUCAAUGUGGUUACAGAGGAACUAACCUCACUGAAAUUCUAUGUGGUCCCAGAGAGAACCAACCUAACUGAAUUCUAUGUGGUCCCAGAUGAACCAACCUACACGAAAGUCAAUGUGGUUACAGAGGAACUAACCUCACUGAAAUUCUAUGUGGUCCCAGAGGAACCAAACUCCCCGAAAGUCAAUGUGGUUACAGAGGAACUAACCUCACUGAAAUUUCUAUGUGGUCCCAGAGGAACCAACCCACACGAAAGUCAAUGUACAGAUGAACCAACCUCACUACAGUCCCAGAGGAGAUUGGUAGGAGGAACUAACCUCACUGAAGUUCUAUGUGGUCCCAGAGGAACCAACCUACACGAAAGUCAAUGUGGUUACAGAGAACUAACCUCACUGAAAUUCUAUGUGGUCCCAGAGGAACCACAACCUACCGAAAAUCAAUGUGGUUACAGAGGAACCAUCCUCACUGAAAUUCUAUGUGGUCCCAGAGGAACCACCCCGAAAGAGGAGGAACUAACCUCACUGAAAUUCUAUGUGGUCCCAGAGGAACCAACCUCCCCGAAUGUCAAUGUGGUUACAGAGGAACUAACCUCACUGAAGUUCUAUGUGGUCCCAGAGGAACCAACCUACAGAAAGGAACCAGAGGAACUAACCUCACUGAAUUUCUAUGUGGUCCCAGAGGAACCAACCUACACGAAAGUCAAUGUCAUCACAGAAGAACCAACCUCACUGAAUUUCUAUGUGGUCCCAGAGGAACCAACCCACACGAAAGUCAAUGUGGUUACGGAUGAGCCAACCUCACUGAAAUUCUAUGUGGUCCCAGUGGAAACAACCUCCCCGAAAGUCAAUGUGCUUACAGAGGAUCUAACCUCACUGAAGUUUUAUGUGGUCCCAGAGGAACCAACCUACACGAAAUUCAAUGUGGUUACAGAGGAACUAACCUCACUGAAAUUCUAUGUGGUCCCAGAGGAACCAACCACGAAAAAGAACCAACCUCAAUGUGUGGUCCCAGAGGAAAACCUCACAAUGUGGAAGUUCUAUGUGGUCCCAGAGGAACCAACCUCCCCGAUGUGUCCCAGAGGUCAAUGUGGUUACAGAGGAACUAACCUCACUGAAAUUCUAUGUCCCAGGAACCAACCUCCCCGAAAGUCAAUGUGGUUACAGGAGGAACUAACCUCACUGAAUUCUAUGUGGUCCCAGAGAGGAACCAACCUCCCAGAGGAACCAACCCCACGUCAAAACUAA